AUGCAGUCGUACCAACGUCAUCUGACCCUCAGCUCAAACCCUGUCGUCGUGUUCAUCGUUGAACAUCAAGCCACCGCGGUGGCAAACGUUUGGGCUCCACUGCUGAAGAGCGUCUCGAAGGGAUUCGAUUCAUUUGGAAUUGAGGUAGCGCACGCCUCCACGUCGUCGGAAAUCGGGCAACAGCUGCUGGAAGUCAUGAACGCCGGCAGUGGCCCCAUCAUCCUAUUCUUUCAAGGCGUCGGCGACACGCCGGCUGAGGGUGGCAAGGCAUUGAAAAUGCCCAUAGCUUAUGAGGGCAACAUCGAUAUAGUGCACAUCAUAUCGUGGGGUCUGUCAUGCAUCUCCUCGUCGGUCACGCAUCGGGUGCACAACGACGUCGAUCUCGCCCGCUUCUUUGCUCAGUACCCGAAGUACCCCGCGCUCCCGCAUGUGCUGUACUUUCCCUCCACGAGCUACACCCCAGGCGGCUACCUCGCCUUGAGUCAACACUUUGCCCUCGAUGCUGUGUUCGGUGUCGUGCCGAAUGCGUUCACGGCACCUAACGCGACUCUCGUUGCACAGCGGUAUAACAUCAGUAGCAAAGACGAACUACCUGUCCUACUAGUGCUUCACAGGUCCGGAGCGGACGAUGGCGGCGGCGCCGGUGAGUCCGACCGCGUAGUUCGAAUGCCGACAACGCUCACCUCGCUCUCUUAUCGGGAGGCGCUGGCGUUUCUGUCGACGCACAUCACGGACACUGUCGCGGCACUCGUGGCGAAGGCACAGUCUACGCGAAAUCAGCACUUCUUCGAAGUAGCAGAAAGCCGCCGCGUGUACAUGAUGGAACAGCUGAUUGAGCGGCAGCUUGAUAUUGUGAAGGAGGAGCGGCUGCAGAUGGCACGUGAGCCGGUUCUUGUGAAGGAGCAAGCUGUCUGGGCGAAGGAGUGCAUGCAACUGCCCAAGAAGCACCGCUGCCUUGCUGCCUUUGUCGACUCCACGCACGAUCCGGCGGCAAAGGACAACGCUAUAAAGGUACUUUCGCUUGUCUCCGUCAAGCUACUGGAAAUAAUGGGGCGUGAGGCGCAAAAGGUGUCGCUCGUCGUUGUCGACCGGGAAGGUAGCGAUGCCGUUCGCGAGUACUUCGACGUGGGCCACAACGGCUUCCCUGAUGUACUUUUCCUUUCCUUGGACCGUCCCGCCAAGUACUACAACUUUGUCGGCACCUUCUCCGCCGAGGGCGUGACGCAGUUUGUGGCGUCUCAUGACGCGCACCUCACACAAAACGACGUGCGAGGCGGACACACCUUCAUCCCGCGUAUGGUGCCGAGGCUGGAGGAGGCGGUAGCGGUGCCUAGCAGCGGCCAUGAGGAUGAAGACGACUUGUAA